CGGUGUAGGCCGCAAGAGCAGUACUGAACCGGUGUUCUGUAUACGCGUCAACUACACGUAUAAUGGCGAGGCAGGCUACUUCCACAUGUUCCGAUCCACGUCUCUGCGUUUCUUUAACAAUAUGGCUGUCGUCAUCAACACCAAGGACGAGAUGAUUGAAUCGCUGCAUUCGAUAUGUGAAUCAAUAGUGGUGGCGCGUGAUGUAGCCAAGUUAUCACCAAUACCGUUCCAUGACGGUGUCAAGUUGGAACGCAAGAAGUCAAAGCCACAACCGGGCGCUGCUGGUGCGGGUGCACGGUCGUCUCUCUACGUGGACGUGUCGCGGCUGCCAUCACUCACCCGGAACGUCAGCGAGACGCAACUCGUGGCGGACAUACGCAGCGUUGGAUCAAAAGCCCUCAACAACAUGACGGAACAGUUCAGCAAACUCAACAAACUGAGCCACUCACUAAACGCCCGAGCACGACCCAGCCUCCAAUUAAAAUUCGACCAGAGCGCCUCCCGCACCAAGAAGAUCUUCACUUUAGGACAAAACAAACCUGAUAAAAAAAAGGGCAGCCUGUCUGAUGGCUUGAGUUCUGACUAUUCAUCAGACGAUGAAAAUAGAACUAACAUCUUCGAACCCACUUUAGACAAUUUCGAAAACACACAGCACUACAUUGGUAAAACGGGACAGAAGAGUGAGACCGACAACGACUGCGAUUUAAUAGAAAACCCACUGUAUUCCUCAAAAAUAGAACACGAGAAAGUAGAAUUUGUGCCUAGACAAUUGCCUAUGAACAUAGAAAAACAGUCGUUAAAAACUCCGAAUCAGAUGAACAAAAUAAAUCCCUUCGACAUGGAAUUAGAGGUGUUGAGAACGCCUGAAAUACAAGUUGAAGGCGAAAGUACAAAGCCACUACCGCCCAGCUCUCUAUUACUGUCUCAGAAACUAUCACAUAGCUCCAACGAUGUGAACUAUGAAGAGAAUCAAACCAUCGCAACUGAAGGCGCAAGUUUCCAUACACGUUCGAAUUCACAGCACGAGAUUACGCUAAAUAUAGCACAAUCACACAGUGAGUCAGCGCUCAAGCAGCUUAAAAAUAUUGCCAGUCCAGUAUCCAGUGCUACUAGGGAGAUGGUACUCUCGCCGCUAUCAAAAUUAGCUAAAGGUGUACAAUCCUUAGGUGCGAAUUUAGAUCCGAGGAAGAUCAAGUCAUCUUCAGCUUCAGCUGUGAAGCAUGUUAGCGAACAACAAUAUGAAGAACAUAAAAAACUACAGGAAAAAUGGCGCGGAUGCAAUACCCGUCUUGUGGCUUUGUAAUAUUUGUAAUACUUUGUUUCAAAUAUUUUACCUACCAGGUUAGCAAGAAUUUGAUGUUAUCCAUGGCAUGUAUAUUGACGAACCACUCUUAAUAAUCGGUAAGCUACUUAUUCUAUUAAUUUAUACUUUUUUAAGUAAUCUUGUAUGCACGUUAUCAACAUUUGUUUAAAAUAAUAGAAUGAGUUGGCUAUAAUUUAUUUUCUUUUCUAAAGAAAGGAGUGUUUUCGUAGUUUAUUUUAUUAUAUUAUAUAUUUAAUUAACUUAUUAUGUGACUAUUUUGAAUAUAUUUUUAUUCAUGUUGACGAUUCUUAGAGAAUUUAAUGUUUGUUUCUUGCGAGCCUAUCCUAUGAGAUACCCAUUAUCAAUAUGAACUCAAUUUUAUAGGAUACUGCCGUCGUCAAGGCUAGUCGCUUAUAUUGUCUGGCAGUUAAAAUAAAGUUCAUGGAAUAUAGAUACAUAUAUGUAAAAAAGAAUCCAGUCUUUCUAUUUUUAGAAUUAGAGCCAGUUACUAUGAAUGUUAUAGUAUAAUGCUUGAAGUUUUCCAGUUAGGUAGAGGUGGCUUGAACAAUUAAAUAAAAAUUAUUGUUGUUUCAAUAACUAAAAAUAAUUUAGUGAAAACUAUCAGAUAUUGUAUAAUUUUUAGGUUUUUUUAUUGUAACCUUUACAACACCUACCUACUUAAAAUUCUUCCAGGAAUAGAUUUUCUUUUAACGUGAUUUGUAUUGUAAAUGUGUUGUUUGCGUUUGCGCGGGAUAUAUUAUACUGAUAUUAUAAACUGCCCCUGUUGCGAUAGAGUAAAUAGAAAAAAUAAGGCACGCCUGUUUUGUAGGUGGAUGGAUUAUGGUACUGUCAGUAUUCUUUUUUUACAUUAGAAUAAUUGUUAUAAUAUUACAAAUAUAAAAUAAUUAAAUUAGAAUUAUGUGUACACAGUUUCGGGCAUAUAAUUAUAGAGAAAUUAUUGUGAUUAGAAUUUAGAUUUAUAUUAUUCAUACUUACUCUUAAAUUGCACACUGUCGCAAAAAUAUAUAUCGUGUAUUGAAGACUAUUAGAAACAUUCCAUUAUAGAAUAUUGUCUAUUUUCAAUUUUUUUUUAUUAUAUUCAUAUAUUUAUAAAGGAGUCGUGUCCCAGUUAUUGAUUGACUUUAAAAAAUAGAAUUGCAAUUCCUUUUAUGAUUGUACAUAGUGUAUGGAUAUUCUUUGCCGAUUUGUGUAAUUUACAAUUUGGAGAACAAGUAAUCGUUUAAGUAUACGCGGUCAAGGGCGAGUUGUAAGUUUGUUUUAAACCGCCAAAAAUGUCAUAACUCAUAUGUUGCGUUGAUUUUUUUUAUAUAGAUGUUAUACAAUACCUUAAUACAGAUAUUGAAUGAGUUUUCAAAAGACAAAUACAGCAAGUGGUAAUGAGAAACUCAAAACAAUUCCAAAAUAGAUCCUCUAUUUUGUAAUUGUUUUGAAUUUCUCGUUCCUCAUUCCGUUUCCAAACCUUGUACCUGUAUGAACUGUAAUAUUAAUUAAGCACUUUUACAAAAAUCCUCA